AUGAAGUUGCAGAUUUUUGAUCUUUCACGCUCGUUUCAGACGAGUUACUCGAUCCAAUCAUGGCUGCUAUACAAUGUGGCGUUGUAUUCCAGGGCUCAGUCAGUGCUUCUCUUAACAGUGAUACCUCACUUCACAAAUCAAUUUUCAAGAGCAAGAAGAUUAGCUAUACUGAUAAGCCAUGGAUGUCUUUUUCACCCUUGGAGCUAA